GCCAUCGAGGAAGUCUCCCAAUCAGUCUGUCUUUCUUUUUAACUCUAUCGCUUCUCUUUACUUCUAAGAAUUUUCUGCUCGCUCCUCUGAGCCCUCGAAUUUCCAUUAUUAGCCCAUAAUACCGUUACGUGAUCCUUCUCUUUCUUCGCCUUCAGAGUCCGCUACUCUCUAUACUGCCAUGGACGGCGGAGCACAGUACAACCCUCGUACGGUAGAAGAGGUUUUCAAAGACUUCAACGGUCGCCGUUCCGGCAUCGUCAAGGCCUUGACUACUGAUGUUCAAGAAUUUUAUCGGCAGUGCGAUCCUGAUAAGGAAAACCUUUGCCUGUACGGAUUCCCAACUGAGCAAUGGGAAGUUAACUUGCCUGCCGAAGAAGUCCCCCCUGAGCUCCCAGAGCCUGCUCUAGGUAUUAACUUUGCUAGAGAUGGGAUGCAAGAAAAAGAUUGGUUGUCUCUGGUUGCUGUCCACAGUGAUGCUUGGUUACUUUCUGUCGCCUUCUACUUUGGUGCUAGGUUUGGUUUCGAUAAAGCCGAUAGGAAAAAACUCUUCAACAUGAUAAAUGAAGUCCCUACCAUAUUUGAGGUUGUGACUGGUAAUGCGAAGAAACAGUCGAAGGAGAAGUCAUCAGUUUCAAAUCACAGCAGCAACAAAUCAAAGUCAAGCUCCAAAGGGGGAAGAUCUGAACCUGGCAAGUAUGCAAAGAUGCAACUGAAGGAUGAUGACGAGGGAUUGGAUGAAGAUGACGAUGAGGAAGAGGAAGAGCAUGGGGACACUUUGUGCGGUGCUUGUGGGGAGAACUAUGCUUCCGAUGAGUUUUGGAUUUGUUGCGACAUUUGUGAGAAGUGGUUUCAUGGUAAGUGCGUGAAGAUUACUCCUGCACGGGCGGAGCACAUUAAGCAAUACAAAUGCCCCUCCUGCAGCAACAAGAGAGCAAGACCUUGACAUAUGAGGGAAGAAAGUCCCAAUUCUCACCUCCUGUAAUUCUUUCUUGGGUGAGACCGCUAACUUGUUAGUCAGUCAGGUAGGUUAUCCACAUUCUGCCAUGUUGGCACAGCAUGUUUAUUUGAAAAACAAAAAUGUUGUUUGACUGUAUGGAUUCUUCUAAGUUGUCUAUUUCAUAUCGAAUAUGGAUAUGAAUAUAUUUUUCGGUGGAGGAAAUCUUCUCCCUACUA